UGAAAACAAUAGUUGGACAUAUAUUAUUGCCACCUUUAUCUGCUGUAAACUUCGACCACUGUGCAAUUAAAUUUACUAAUGUAAUAACUAUGCUAAUGAUUUCCGUGUUUGUUCAAUUUCUUCUACUCUUUUCUAUACUCAGCAUUACCGCCUUGAAUGCUCAAUAUUAUUGUCUAAAUCACCUCGCUAUCAUACAUCAUGAUAAUGACAUCACUAGAAGCUUUUUUUGCUCUACUUAUGUUUGUGAUCUGUAGAUUGGAUGGAUGGGAGAUUAUCAAGCACCCCAACAGUUACAAUGUUUCUGAGGGGGACAGUGUUAAGUUUGCUUGUAGGUUUGAUUCUUCUAUCAGAGGACAUAUCUAUAGGCUAAUAUGGUAUCGUAAAGGUGAAGCAGUUACUGCAUUUGACUUGGUGCGUCCUUCGUUAGAAACUCGAUUCGCUGUCAGUCAAGAUGAAUUUAACUAUAAUUUAAGUAUCUCAGCCGUUUUGUAUGAAGAUACAGGUAUCUAUUACUGUGUAGCCGACAACAGAACUAUGAAAAGUCGCUCAAAUGAAGCGCAAUUGGAUGUAUCACCUGCACCGGAUCCGUUAUGUUACAUUCAGCGUGUGAUAAACAAUACAAAAUAUGUUUGUACGUCAAGCACAAAAGGAGAUGUUAUCUACUGGACUUACAACAAUGAGCCCAUAUUACAACUUGAAGUUGCGGAAGACGACACGCGGACCUUACGAUGCAACGUUAAGAACAGCCUUGGAAUACCAAACAGAACGUGUGUUAUCAAUAACCAUUGCGUGGUGCGACAUGUAUUAGAUGGACUAGUAGUUAUUGGGGAUAAAGCCGCAUUUAUAUGUACCUGUCGCUAUCCACACUUCUGGAACGUUACCAGUUGGACAUACAAUUAUAAUAAAAUAUCAAUAAGUUCUGGAAGAUUUUUUGUUAGUGGUGAGUCGCUCCACAUAGAUUUCAUCCAGGAAAAGGACAACGGUCUUUUAAUUCGAUGCAAUGCAAAAAAUGAGACAAAUGAAGUAUCCAGUGGAUGGCUGAAGCUGCAGACGUCAUCAGGAAACCCAACAUCAACAGUUCACGAUAUAGAUCCUGUUUCAUUCACAGCUGCAGCCAGCGAUGUCUGGACAUCUACCAUGAAAGGUAUAAAUCCGUCUUCAAAGAAUGACUUUAGGCCUAUAUCUAAAGAUAUCUUAAAAUAUAUUGCUUUAGUUUUGAUGAUAUUGAUAUGUGUGAUUACAGUUUGCGGUGUAGUAUACUGUACCAUUAAACGCCGGGCAAAGAGAGGCCAAUUUUCAAUUAGUUUGAAGGAUGUUAUAAAACAUCAGAAUACGGAAUCUUUCAGUGAUAACGCCACAAAAUGCUCAACUCCUGCAGCUACCAUCAAAUAUUCCAAUGGCAAUCAAUCUUCUGAUCAUUAUACAAACUUAUCAACUAUCAAUGAAGAUUCCGAAAUGAAAAUAAAUGAGUGCAGCGAUGAGGUAGUAAUAUAUGCUAACGUUGAGGAAACAGUAAUAGAUUGUCUGGAAGCGAGCUUCGAUGAAAAUGAAUUCGAUGACGACUGGGGUGACAUCAGCAAUAAUUAGGAUAAUGCUUAGCGAAGACGACGAAAAUGUUAUAUACUUGAAAGCGGCUCUGUCACAAUCUGACGUUAUGUUUUGGUUUGAUAAUAUGUCAUCAUUUUAUUACGCUAGCUAAUGAGGUCUUCAUUCUGCAGCUUGUUAUCAUGCAGCAAGAAGCUUCAUGUGGGCCGGCCACCCUUCUCGCUUUCAGUUAACACUGUUAAGAUUGUAUGUUACAUUGGUCAAACCGAAUGGCCAUGUAUCUGCAAAAAGGUCAAAUCUAAAAUAAAGGGAAGUUUAAUUAACUUUAAGUUACUACAUGCCAGUUUGAUUUAUAAGAACUUAUUUAAUGUACAAUGACCCCAUCACCUCUUUGUUCUUUGUAUUACAGAAGAUUAUAUUUGUAAACGUGUUAAGCACGUAAUUGAGAAUGUGUUACAAAGGAAUAGGUGUAUAUUUGACAUAGAUAUGAACCAGAUUGUAUUUAGUAUUCAUAAAGAAAUAUGAUAAAAAAUAACGUAAUAAAGGUUUGAUUAUCUUAGCUAAUUCCGUAAUUUACAAAACAUGGCUUUAAUACACGUGAACGCAAACAAAACCUAGUUAAACCUAAUAUACCAGUUUUUAUGCCAAAAUUAAGUUUAAAAUAAGUUAGAAAAGAUAAUUUGGUUUCUUUUAUUUACACAAUGUAUACUAAAGACUAUCCCUUUAAAAACAUUGUUGAAUGAACUUUAUUACGCCCGCAAUACGAAUGUAAAAACAUUAAAAUAGAAUAAAAUCACCAAACAGCAAAAAAUCUUUAAAAUAGUAAGCAUAAGUUGAAUAAAAAUGUUAAAUUCGAGCAGUACAAAAGUUAUAAUUGAUAAUUAUUUUUAUCAAAGUUAUCAUUGAAAAUUCACCUGGCAAAGUAGGCAAAUGUGUCUAUAAAGACAACUAAACACCUUUAGACAAACUCUCAAUAUUAAAUUAUUCAGACAAUAUCUACAAAUAAUAUUACUGCUUAAUAGCUUUAUUAAAUAGAUAGAAUUUAUAUCUUUAAUUUCAAAUUUGUGAGCCUCUGUCAGUAAAGGAUAGUUACAAAAUUAAGAUCAACUUCUACUUGUUGUUUUGUAAGCCAUUCAAAUUAUAAUCAGUGAAGUAAGUAAUUUUAGUUCACCAACGUACGUGCGUAGAUAGGCAUGCCUUGAAACAUGUCUCAGCGGCUGACCUUCCGCCGCAGUUCAAAAUCAUCCAAAAUCAUUGGCCAAUUACUGAGGUCAAACUCUAUUCCCUGCUCCCGAACGUGCAUACAAAACCUGAUCUAGCUACUAUAUAGUAAUGUAGUCCAUAUAAACUCAUAAACGACCAACGUUAUUCCCUCUCUGGAUACGGGCCUCCUGCACUCUAUGGAUAACAUUAAGUUAACUGACUUUAUUACAGGAUGAAGAAAAACACAAAAUAUGUUAGGCCUAUCGUUUACAAACUUG